CUCUGUUUUGAAUCUGCUCCACUGUGGAGACAAUGUCCGUUUGAGCUCAGAGGCUUAACUUAUCAGGACUCUGCAUCUUGGCUGAUGGGCUUCUUGAGCCCUCAGUGCAAGGCUUGAACUUGUCCCUCCACUCAUGACCCCACUCGUGGCUUGUUGACGGUUGGGCUAAGGAUAGUUUUGGUUCCAGCAACUGCGUUUACUGCCUGCUUUGAUGUAGAACAACAGAUGACCACGGGGCCUUGAGUUUUCCACCAGGAUCGAUCACAACUAGGAGGAGCAGUUUGUGGUCUAAUUUCUCCACGAUCAACCAUGGAUGUGAUGGAUGUAGCCCUCGUGUCAAAUGGCUCAAGUGUGGUGAUGCCUAUGGCAGAGCAAGUCUGCGAUGCUCACUGCAGAGCAAUUCUGACAACAGCCUAUAGUGUGGUCUUCUUUGGAGGCACCGUUGGAACAGUUAUGAUGUCACACAUGAUGUUCAAGAGGAAUUGCCAAUCAAUGAUUGCCACUAUCAUCAUUAAUAUCAUUGUGUUGCACUCCCUUCUCCUGAUUAGUCUGCCAUUCCGCCUCAGUUACUAUCUCUCAGCAGUCUGGAAGCUUGGGUCUUUUACCUGCCGAAUGGUUAGUGGCGUCAUAUAUGGUCAUAUGUACCUUACCUUCAUUUUUUAUGUGGCCAUUGUUAUACUUCGGUUGCUCAUCUAUUUUAAGAAACUCCAAAUGCAACAGUUACAAAAGUUCCAUGCAGUGGCUCUAAGUAUUAUUAUUUGGGUGACAGGAAGCUUUAUCUUUUUACCAAUAUUUUUUUUACAAUAUGGCACAGACCCAAGUUAUACAGAGCAACAGCGGUGUUUUGAGUUUCAUAAAUCUCUCAACUCCAGGGACAUCAUCAUCAUAAACUAUUCUAUAAUUGUUAUUAUGAUGACAACAGUUCUGCUCCUCUUUCUGAUACAGAUGGCUGUCAUUCUUCAUUUGAUAAAAGCCUAUUGGCCUGACAUGUGGGCCCAUCAAGAGUACAGAGCUCAAAUCAAGAGUUUUUUCUUCCUGCUGGUCAUAGUUGUCUGCUUUAUACCCCAUCAUGCAUUCAGGGUAUAUUUUAUUCAAAAUUUUCCAGAGCAAGAAAAUUCUAAGUUAAUUCUGUACAAUGAAAUCUGUGUUGCUUUAACAGCUUUCUGCUGCCUGGAUAUGUUAUGUUUCAUAGGUGGUGUCAUCCAUUAGACCUUCCCAUGCUCUUUCUGUGAUUGGUUUAUAGGCCAUCAUGAUGAAAAAUACUUCAGUUGAAUGGAUGGAGCGCUAUUAUCGUAUUUAAAAAUUUGAAGCUCUCUGCUCCUGAACAUCAGACUUUUUUAUUUCUCUUAGCCACAAUUGUUUUCUUUCAAAAACUUAAUCAACCCUAGUCAUCUACUUUUCCUUUGAGAAUGCUUGUAGGCCCCAAAUGUAUCCCAGCAUAUGUUGGGUUUCUUAGCUGUACCAAACACACUAUUCCUUCCUCUUUGCAUUUCAUUCAGUAUUCACUUCAACCAAGCACACCUGUGAGUUCUCCCCAUACUCCUCAGGCUUCUAACUGACCAUGUUUUCCUCUGAAUAUGUUUGCUCCCCCCCCACCCAUUCUUGUCCACCAAAAUUUAGAUAACCUAUAGUUAUAAAUGGGGUUCUAAAAUAGCCUUAAGCUAUUAAAAUUAAGAUUUCCUGCCAGUAGUGGCAUUGGGAGUAGAGUAUUACCUUGAACAGAGAUGUCAAGAAAGUUAGAAGAAACUCUUCCAGACUGGGCAUCUAUGUGCUCCAUUCUGUUGAAGGCACAGAAGGGACUUGGAAGCCAGAGGUUACCUCCUGAUCUACCUUCAGUACAAAACGGUAAAAGACAUUGGAAAUGACAAAAAUAUGACCAAACCAAACCAACCCCCACCUUGCUACCACCACCACCACCACCACCAACAACAACAACAAAACUGGACCUGGGCUGAGCUUGCCAACAAACUCUUUGGCCACAAACCUUGAGGCCAUAUAGCUCCUUUUAUAAUUUUUCAGGACACCCUAUGCUUUCAAGAACCAUCAUAUAAUUAAAAGCAGUACCCAUUCUGUCACACUCAACAAAAGUAAUCAAGAUAACUAACUUGGAUUCUGUUUAUAUCAUAUAGAAAUCGACAUGUACUUAUUCUUUGAUUAUAAUAGUGCAUCCUUGAAGAAUGUAUCUAAUUAAUUCAACAAUCAGACAAUUAUCUGGUGAUUAGUAGCAUAGUUAAUACAAAUGAAUUUUGAAGUUAUGUGGAGAGCUAACAACAGAAGGUGGAGAACUAACUGUACUUAAUAAUCAUUGAACUUUGGGUCAAGCAUUUGCAAUCCUCUCCAUGGUCCUGUGAAAAAGUACUAAACAUUCCAAAAUAAAGAAAUGGGAUGAUAGCAAUGGGAUGUAGGACUGAGAGUUGGUUCUUUGCUCCCAUACUUCGGGGACAUCUUAUACAAUACAAUUUUAAGACAGUGUUGUCAUGGCUUGGAAUGGAGUAUUCCCUAACAAGGUAUUGAAAGUUUGGUCCUCGUGUUGAUGUUCUAGAAAUUUUAGGAAGCAAGACCUACCCAAGAGGAGGUAGGUCAAUGGUUCUUCCUCUCUCAUUUUCUGCUUCUUGUUUCCCAUAGAUGAAGGCAGCUCUUUGCUACACCCCUUCUACACUGAUAUUUUACUCAAGUGCAUAAAAUCUAGCUGAGAAAAAUGAAAUCCUUCAUUAACUUGCUCUGUUAGUAAUUUCGUUAUAAUAUUAUAAAAUGAUUAAUAAAAAUG